CAGACUACAGCAUGGUCACACUAGCAUUUUGUAAACAAUAACAGAACCACGCGGAAUCCCAAAAAAGAUAACAAGCUAUGCAAAUCUCAAAAAAAUCUAAAAAAUCCAAACGCAGCAAAAAAUCGAAGCAAACGAAGGAUUCUGCCGUUUCUAUUAAACUAACGGCGAUGCAUCGAAAACAAAAAGAAGUCGCCCGCGUGCUCGCACUGAAACAGGAGAUCCUAUUAAAAUCGGGAGUAUCAUACCUGGAAUAUCUGGAAAUUCGGGGAGAGAUUGAGAGACUAAAUGGCUUAAAGGAGUCAUUUUUAAGAAAAGCGGAAAAACUAAAACAACAAGACAAGUAGCUUUUAAGGAUGUGUAUAUCUUUAUAAGUUCAAAAUAAGAGAAAAGUUCACUUUA